ACUUGGCUCGAUCAAAUAUCACGGAAAAGAAGGAAUUUAAGUGAAUUCUAGUGCUUCGGAUGAUGUUCACCUCGUAGAUAAGUUACUAGUGAAACCGCAAAGCCGUUUAGAUGGAGUUACAGCGUGAGUGAUACGUCGUGAGGAGCAGAAUGAGCGGCGGCAUGAUAACCCUAUCGGAUCUCCAAUGCGGUACGGCGGCGCAGCGAAGUGGUCCUGUGUAUGAGGAACAGCUGGUGACCUCUCCGAAGAAGAUGGUGCCCCGGUAGACACAGCAGCGCGAGGAUGCCGCCCACACCUACGCCUACGCCGCACUAACACGCCCGCCAGCAGCAGCAGCAGCAGCGCCGUGUAUCCCCCGCGGGCAGGAUGGGGAACAAAUUGUCUUGUUCGUGCGCCCCGCUUAUCAAGAAGACGGGGUACCGCUAUGAGGACUCACCUUGGAACCCGGCCCGCAGACGCGACGGCCACCUGCUCAGGCUCUGGGCGGAAGUGUUCCACGUAUCAUCGUCAGGAGCCGGAACGGUCAAGUGGCAGCAAGUGUCCGAGGAUCUGGUGCCGGUCAACAUCACGUGCAUCCAGGACACCCCGGAGUGCGUCUUCCAUAUCACCGCUUACAACUCCCAGGUCGAUAAGAUACUCGAUGUGCGGCUAAUUCAACCAGGCACGCGGAUCGGCCAGGCGUCGGAGUGCUUCGUGUAUUGGAAGGACCCGGCCACCAACGACACCUGGGGCCUCAACUUCACCUCGCCCAUAGACGCCAAGCAGUUCAGAGAAUGUUGCUCACCCUCCUUCAAGUUCUCCCGGAAGGCGUCCUCGUCCUAUUCGCUCAAGCUCGAGCCGGUGAGGGCGGGCGGCGGGAAGAACAAGGGCCGAAGAAAGCCGGUGUCGACGCCAGCAUCCCCCAGUCGCGCACGGGAACCCCAGUGCACGUGUAUGACGGCCGAACAGUACGCCAGACUACGUGCUCAGGACCCCAGGUUCAGAGAGGAGAAUUGGCAAGAUGAGAAAUGCAUUAGAUGCAAGUGCAAGCAAGGCAUUGGUGAGCUCACAGAAAACGAAAUGUCGGAAAAUGAUAUUAAAGAGAAUGGAUUCUUUGGCCAUAACGGGCACGUUCGGGCUGCUUCCGAUUCCCCGCCCGAAGUUUAUGAUAAUCUUCAGUUUGAGAGAAGUUCAUCGACUUUGCCACGCACGCAGCAAGGUGGGAGAGGGGUGGUUGAGGGCCCCAACGCGCGGACGGCUAAUCAUGGGGCAGCCCAUACCACAGCCACUACCACUACUACCACCACCCAGGCUGGCACAUGUGACACUAUGGCCUCACGCCGCGGAGGGGCUGACAAUUAUGGCACACUCAAGGUCUCUGGCAACCGCGAGGGCCGUCAGCCGCCGUCGCACCACGCCUCUCACGCCUCUCUUGUCCACAAGUCAAGCAACGUCGGUUCUCUCGCUCGCAAAGACGAAGGCUCUGCCGGCGUUGCCAAUGACCGGGCCAGCGAGAGCGCCACGGCCGGCAGCCGCGACAACCGCAGUCUCCGUGGCAGCCGCAGGGAACUCUCCUCCAAGAGCGUGGACUACUCCGAGAUGGACACAGUGCGGGAGACGGACACGCUGCGACGCCGCGCCCGGAGCAAGAGCACGGACGACGUGACAAAAGGUGUACAUCAUACAGCAUGUUUUACCACUCCUGACUUCCCAAGAUAUUUUGAGAAGCGUAAUUCUGAUUUUGAGAAUAAUGUGGCAACUCCAAGUUCCCCAACCAGCCAGCUGCUGCAAGAAUAUGAAAUGCACCUCCGUAACACCCUGGCUAAGGGGAUGGAUGCUGAGAGCUAUAGUCUGCAUACCUUUGAAGCCCUUCUGACACAAAGCAUGGAAAACUUGGAAUCCAUCAUUGCGGAGUCACAGUCCCGUCCAUCUUCAAGUGGCACACCACAACAGUCCUCUAGUGGGACACCUCGCCAGUCAGCAAUUCUGCGGUCUCCCCCAGCCCAUGGGUCAGGAACAACUAGAGAGUCAGCAGUGAAAGUCUAUGACCAAAGGCGGCGUGUGAAGUUGAUAAGCGAGAUCAAACGCAUUCACAAGAAAUACCAAGCUAAGCAGAGCUCUCCUCACAAUAGUGAAGAAAUAUCAAGUAUCCGUUCAAGCACCAAUGGAGUUGUUAAGUCAGAGAUUAUAGGGAGCCUCAACAAACAUGGGAUGCUGCCAGCCAGUGCUCGAGGGUCAGAAAGAUCCUUACCCACAGCAACACUUCGAGAUGAACGUGAUCAUAGUGGCUACUUUAGUGACCGUAAUGACAGUUAUGGGAGUCGACGUGACUUGUAUGACCGUGGCUAUAUGAGUGAUCAUGAACGCAGGUUCUAUGACAGACAAGAUAGCAUCCGGUCUGGCUACAUGAGUGACCGAGAGCGAGGCUACACCAGCGACAGGGACUCACGUGGCUACAUGAGUGACCGUGAGAGAGGCUACAUGAGUGACCGAGAACGGGGUUACAUGAGUGACCGAGAGAGAGGUUACAUGAGCGAUCGUGAGCGAGGUUACAUGAGUGAUCGCGAGAGAGGCUACACAAGCGACCGGGAAAGAGGCUACACAAGUGAUCGAGAAAGAGGCUACACAAGUGAUCGGGAAAGAGGCUACACAAGUGACCGAGAAAGAGGUUAUACCAGCGACCGUGAACGAGGUUACAUGAGCGACCGAGAGAGAGGCUACAUGAGCGAUCGUGAACGUGGUUACAUGAGUGACCGCGAGAGAGGCUACAUGAGUGACCGAGAUUCACGAGGCUAUGCAAGCGAUCGUGAAAGAGGCUACGCCAGUGACCGUGGCGGCUACGGAAGCGACCGAGAAAGGGGCUACUCCAGCGACCGCGAGCACAAUGCCCUGGUUACUCAGGCCUCCAUGGAGAGUGCAGACUCGCGACUCUGCUACCUCACGUCUUCGGAGGUAAGUACCUGAAUACACUUUAUGCCUGUGUUGGGCUCAUGUUUAAAAAAAGACUUAGAAAACAUCUUGAUUAACUACAAGCUUACUGUGUUGUGGAUCUGUGAAUGCUCCGUAAGUUGA